ACAAAUACUACCAGAGAUCGGCUCGUAGAUUAUAAACAAACGUGGUAGACAUAAAAAGCUGGAGAAGAGAAAGUAAGACAGACAGCAAUGUGCUGUUCACGUUACUGUACACUACUCGCUUAUCGUUAUCGGAGUACUAUAACAUAACUGCGUGAAAGUUGUAUUGAAAUAUAAAAUCAGUACGAGUAAUAUAAUAUACAAUUUUUUAUCUAUUACAGGGAUAAACAUAUAGACAUUAGACAUAAUACAAGCAGGAUUGUUAAUUGUUAAUUAUUAAUAAAAAAUACUUAAAGGUGAACCAUGACAGGAGUGUGCUGGAUGACUUAGCUGUGUAAUAGUGACCGCGAGCAAACAAAAAAAUAAACAAGAGAGAGGGAACACAAUAAUGCGCCGACGGCGUGGCAGUAUUACGUUUAACACUUGAUAUGAGUCAGUAGUAAGAGUCAAGUCAGUGUCAGAGAAACUCCCGGCUUUGGACCGAUCUUCAGUCAAAACUCCAACUUUUAAGAUAAUAUUUAAAGAGCUACUGCAGUUUAAAUCUUCAGUCUUAAUCCUCUUGUUAAUAAUCAUUAUUAUUGUUAUUACUAAGCUGACACACUUUAGCAGUUCAACUAAUGUUUAUAAUUGUUAGCUAAUUAUAUUAAUUAAUAAGCGUCGAGUAACUAGACUGACGUGUUAUAAAAGCGAGUGAUAAAGCCACAUGUGUUUGAUGUUUGACUCUAUUUACUUAUUCAGCUGAGCGGAAGCAAAGUAUUGAGUUGUCAAAAAAUUGUUAGGAAGCAUUGGGUGCUAAGCAACCGCCCUAAAGUAACACGUGAUGUUUGUAGUAAUUAUCAAGUAACUUACUAGUAAAAUAAAUGCCAAGUUACCAGGCGAUAAAUCUUGAUAAAUUACCGGCGAAUCCAUUAGUAAAUUAAGGUGAACCAAGCAAGCGGGAAUUGAAUUUCAAACUCGUGUUGCCGGAAGGUGUAGAGUAAAGUAAAGUGUGAAGACAAGUGUCUACUCGGGUAGUGGGAGCUGGUGUAAAUCGCCCGGGAUAUGUACGCGGUGGCUGGUUGAGUCGUCUCGCUUAACGAUAUUAAUAGAUCUGGUUUUGGAGGGGGCCGCCAGCGGUGAAAAUAGCAAAGAAUGUUUUUGGAAUCUACUUGGACUUGGUUGGCAGAACGAUGGGGCAAUAUGGCCGACUUGGCCGAGCGGGUGGACGAUCUGAUAUGCAGUUUCGACUCGUCUGGUGACACGACGAUGGAUACACUGUCGAUGUUAAUAUUCGGUUGGAUGCUAUUCGGUCUGAUUGUUUUGUGUAUUGGUAAAUAUAUUUACAAUAACUUUGUACUUAACGAGAAAUUCGGUUCUUCUUCGGGAUCUAGUGUCGUUGCGGGUGGUGGUCAUGUGGGUGUCAGCGCUGCUGCUACCUCCUCUGCGAGUCCAAGUGCUAAAGAUGGACACGGUUACCAUGGGAUCGGUGAAAGUGUCGUGUCCGCGGGUAACAUCGCCAGCAAGCUCCUUACCCAGGAAAAACCCAUCAAAGUUGCGAUGGCCAAAUCCUUAGCAGCUUCUUCUGGGAAUUUGACUUCCACUAGCAGUCCCUCGGUUGCCAGUCACAGUGGUGGCGGGGGACCUGGCAUUGGGUAUGUACCGCCAACACCACCUACGCGCAAGAGACUCACCAGAAAAACGUCCGGCCCGCUGAUAAGCCCAGCGAGAAGCUCCCGCGCCCUUCACCUGCCGGCCGCGACCGGUGCCGAUGCCGAGGCCGUUCGCUGGGUCAACGAGCUUGUCAUUUGGCUUCAUUCUGACCUGGUGAUUCUUAAUGAGUUACUUGCUGUUUGGGUUACUUCGCUUAAUGAUUUCGUCGCUGGUUCCGUCGAUGAGCAUGGAGUUGGAGUUGAAUUUGUGAGAGUACUUCCGGAAACUCAAUCACCUAGUUUUUCAAAUAUUUUUUGCGAAUGCGAUUCUAGAGACGAUGUUACAAUAACUUGUGACUGUGAAGCGACACCAGCUCUGCAAUUGAAAGCUUUCCGUCAAAAAGGAGAUAAGGUAGAGGUCAGUCAUUAUCGCGUCAACGUUAACCGCUUCCGUGCACGUCUUAAUGUCGUUUGCAUUACGGAAAAAUUACUAUUGGACUUGAAAUGUGAUGGAUGGCCCGAGGUGAAGGUUUCGCUGGCGGCUGUCGGUACGAUAAAAAAGGACCUUGAUGAAAGCCAGUUGCAGGAAGUUGUGACUGAAAUAGUAGUCGGUGCUCUUAGAGGUACAAAUGUCCAUUUAAAUUUGUCCAAGUAUCCAACUUGCCCGAGAUUAUGGAGAGAACCACCACCACAGACUGGGUUCCCGCUGCCACUUCACUACGACAGUAUGAGCCAUUCAGCAGGACCGACUGGAGGACAACAGAAAUACGUUCCAGGCGAAAGACGUUUAUUAGUUAAAGUCGUAAAAGCGAGUGAUUUAGGUGGCCAGCAAGGUUGCGUAGAGCCUUAUUGUGUUGUAGAGCUAGAUGAUCCCCCACAAAAGCACCAGACUUCUGUCAAAAAAAAUAAUGUCAGUCCUGUUUGGGACGAAGCCUUUUUAUUUGAUGUCAGUCAGAAUACUUUUGAAGUACUGUUGGAACUUUAUGACCAUGUUAACAAAAGUAACAGAUUUUUAGGAUUAGGUAUUGUUGGUAUUGAAGAGUUGUUAAUGAAUCCAAGUCAAAGACAAAUAAUUCCAUUACAAGCGCGGCCUUAUGAACAAGAUGAAGUUACUGGAACUCUUACCGUUGAGUUUGUAUUUAUUGAGGGAGCAGAAGUCCCGCAAAUAGGAGCCAAGCCAUUUAAAGUUAAGGAAGCAAUAAAACCAUCAUCUCCAACACGCACAUACAACCCAACGAAUCUACUCAGCAAUAAUAGUCUUAAUUAUAACAAUGGUAACAGCACUCUUAUCUUGUACGACACUUCUGCUCAGUCGACCGGGGGACUAUCAUUUCUUUCAGACUUCCUGACAAAUGGAACGACUGGCGAGUCGCCAUACAGAACUGGCCAGAGUAAUGGCAAUAAAGGUACUCUAAUUGUACACAGCCAACAGAGGCCGCCAGAGCGACAAAUAGUCAAGGUGACACUUUCUGAGGACGGAAGCUGGCAAGAAAUUUCACCCGAGCACGCCAACAGGGAUAUUAGCGCUACUUCAGGUAUAGAAAGUACUCCUAAUUCUUCUAAUUCUGAUAGUUUACGAGAACAACGAGGUAGAACAAGAAGGAAACGCCGAGACUUUUUUGGCACGAUAAAAAGGCGUUUAAACAGAUCUCGAAACAGAAGCAGAUCUGCUGGUCCAGAAGGAGACAUAAAUCAUGAAGACGCUCAUUCUAGAUCAAUAUCUGCGGACAGAGCCCGUGAUCCCGGAUCUGCUUUGCUAUCUGUACCAGGAAAAGAAGAACAUUCAAGACGAUCCAGUCUCAGCGAAGCUUCUGCCAUAAGCGGAACUUCUACGAGGACGUAUAUUAAUGAAGCAUCUACUUUAGUACUAGAAACUCUUGAGAAUGGAGUUAAAAAACACUACCUCGUACCAUUGUCACUAGCACAAAAAAGUAAAUGGAGAAAAAAAGGCACUAAAUUACACAUAUUUAAUGACCAUACAUUUAUUGCGAAACAUAUGCCAGGAGGUACUGUUUGCGAAGUUUGUAAGAGGACAUUAGCCCGAAGACUCGGUAAACAGGGCUACGAAUGUAGAGACUGUUUAAUGAAGUGCCAUAAACAUUGUCACGUUAAAGUCGAGUCAAUGUGUUCUACAUCAACGAUACAAAGUAUUGAAUUGUCACUACUGCCAGUUCUGAGAGAAUAAAUAAUAGGUGAGCGAGUGUCGAUCAAAUGUUAAGGUCUUACAUCCAGACACCGAAAUUCGAGCGAAGGUUUUCAACCCGUCGAUGCUAAGAACUCAUGGCAAUUUUUAUUUAUAUAUAUACAUUAUUUAUUUAUUUAUACAAUAAUAUAUGUAAUAAUAUAUUUAUUUAUUAAUAUUUGAUGAUUGAUAUUAAUCGCGAUUACCGUUUUAAACGAUAAAGUAAUCACUUGUUAAUUGAAUCCCUCCAACUGUUUUUGACUUGCAAGUUUAUUAAUGUUCGUACAAAAAUAAUUGUAUUUUUCAAACUAAAAUCUUUUAUUUCCCAUUAAAUAGAUUUAUUAGUAACUCAUUAACUUUCAAUUUGGUUAAAUUAUACAUUUUUUUUUAAUUACUCGCGGUUAAUGCAAAAGUAUCUUCUAUUUCAUUGCAGAUGAAAUAGAAACUACCUCUUCUAUAAUUUUUAUUAUUAUUAUUGUAAUAAUAAAAAGAAAUAAAAGUCUUUUUCUCACAAUCAAAAAUAUCCGGAUCAAUUAUUCCGGGUACUCAUUUUUAAGAUAUUAAAUAUAAUUGUUUUAAUUAACAAAAAAAAAAUUAAUAAAUUUAUAUUGCGACCUAAUAUUAUGUUUAAAUAAUAUAGCAAUCGGUAAUUUAUAAUUAUUGUAAUUAAGUACUUAAGUUUCGAUAUUUUUUAAUAUAUUUAUCGACGUGUGAUUGAUCUAAUGUAUAAUUAUUAUUGUUAUAUAUUAAUAUUUAAUAUGAAAAAUUAGAAAAAAAGCCUCGCGUUUAAAUAAUCAUCGAUAAUGUAUUUAAUAUUCAUUUAAAAUAAUGCAUUUUUUGUCAAUUUGUAACAUCGAUUAAUUAAAUUAAUUAGUUUCAUUUUUCACAUUAAGAAACAAAAAUUAAUAAAUAUUUUGAAAUAUAUUAACAAUAAUACAUUAAAUCUGAUUUUUUAUUUUAUCUUAAUAAAAUUUUUACGUGGGCUGUGAAUGCUUAGCGGUAUGUACAAUGAAAAUUUAUUGAGAAAUUAAAGUGUGCUUAAA